GUGGGCCCUGUACGCCGCUGGCGUAGCGAGGAGUCUGACGCGCGGGCCUCCGCGACGCAGUUAGCGCAGGCGGCUUUGGUGAAUACACGAUUUGGUGCAGCCGGGGUUUGGUACCGAGCGGAGAGGAGAUGCACACGGCACUCGAGUGUGAGUUCUUAGGAAUGGCAAGCUGGUGCAAAAUCAGGAGUGUGUAAGAGUGCCAUGGUGCUGAAAAAGGAAGACAUGAAAGGAAUAGUGAAGGAAAAAUAGAAAUGAAGGUACAUAUGCACACAAAAUUUUGCCUCAUUUGUUUGCUGACGUUUAUUUUCCAUCAUUGCAACCAUUGCCAUGAAGAACAUGACCAUGGCCCUGAAGAGCUUCACAGACACCACCGUGGGAUGACAGAAUUGGAGCCAAGCAAAUUUUCAGUGCAGGAUGCGGAAAAUGAAAAAAAAUACUAUAUUGAAAAACUUUUUGACCGUUAUGGUGAAAAUGGAAGAUUAUCCUUUUUCGGUCUGGAGAAACUUUUAACAAACUUGGGCCUUGGAGAGAUAAAAGUAGUUGAGAUUAAUCAUGAGGAUCUUGGCCACGAUCAUGUUUCUCACUUAGAUAUUUUGGCAGUUCAAGAGGGGAAGCAUUUUCACUCACAUAACCACCAGCAUUCCCAUAAUCAUUUAAAUUCAGAAAAUCAAACUGUGACCAGUGUAUCAACAAAAAGAAACCAUAAAUGUGGCCCAGAGAAAGAGACAAUUGAAGUAUCUGUAAAAUCUGAUGACAAACACAUGCGUGAGCAUAAUCAUCGCUUACAUCAUCGCCAUCGUUUGCAUCAUCACCUGGACCAUAACAUUACCCGCCAUUUUCACAAUGAUUCCAUUACCCACAGAGAGCGUGGGGGUCCUAGACAUGACCCUUCAGCAGAGACCAAUAAAACACAUACACAGUCUGAUGUUAGGCCAAUGAAAGGAAGGAAGAAGAACAAAGAGAAAAAUACUGAAAAUUCUGAAGUGAUUACCCCAGGUUUUCCCCCUAUCCAUGAUCAGGGUGAACAGUCAGAGCAUAAUCGUGUCCACAAACCCGAUCGUGUACAAAACUUGGGUCAUUCUCAUGUACACCUUCCAGAGCACGGUGGUCAUGAUUCUGGUCAUGGACACCAAGAUGUUGAUGCUGAUAAUGAAGGGGAGCCUCGGCAUACUCGAAAACGAGAAGCACCGCAUGUUAAAAAAAGUGCAAUUUAUUCAGCUGCUAGUCACAAAGAUCACAAUGAAGAUGACCGUCCACAUGAAUGUUUGAACGUCACUCAGUUGUUAAAAUACUAUGGUCAUGGUGCCAACUCUCCCAUCUCACCUGAUCUUUUUACAUAUCUUUGCCCUGCACUGUUAUAUCAAAUCGACAGCAGACUUUGUAUUGAGCAUUUUGACAAACUUUUAGUUGAAGAUUUAAAUAAGGAUAAAAAUCUGGUUCCUGAAGAUAAGGCAAAUAUUGGGGCAUCAGCAUGGAUUUGUGGUAUCAUUUCUAUCACUGUCAUUAGCCUGCUUUCCUUGCUAGGCGUGAUUUUGGUUCCCAUCAUUAACCAAGGAUGCUUCAAAUUCCUUCUCACAUUCCUUGUUGCACUAGCUGUAGGAACCAUGAGUGGAGACGCCCUUCUUCAUCUACUGCCCCACUCUCAGGGUGGACAUGAUCACAGUCAUGAGCAUGCACAUGGCCACGGACAUUCUCAUGGACAUGAAUCCAAGAAGUUUUUGGAAGAAUAUGAUGCUGUAUUGAAAGGACUUGUUGCUCUAGGAGGCAUUUACUUGCUAUUUAUCAUUGAACACUGCAUCAGAAUGUUUAAGCACUACAAGCAACAAAGAGGAAAACAGAAAUGGUUUAUGAAGCAGAGCACAGAAGAAUCAACUAUUGGAAGGAAGCUUUCAGAUCAUAAGUUAAACAAUACACCAGAUGCGGACUGGCUUCAACUCAAGCCUCUUGCUGGAACUGAUGACUCAGUUGUUUCUGAAGAUCGACUUAAUGAAACUGAACUGACAGAUUUAGAAGGCCAACAAGAAUCCCCUCCUAAAAAUUAUCUGUGUGUAGAAGAGGAGAAAAUCAUGGACCAUUCUCACAGCGAUGGCUUACAUACCAUUCAUGAGCAUGAUCUCCAUGCUACUGCACAUAACCACCACGAGGAGAAUAAAACUGUGCUGAGAAAAUACAAUCAUCAGUGGCACCACAAACAUUCUCAUCAUUCACACGGUCCCUGCCACUCCGGAUCAGAUCUGAAAGAAACAGGAAUAGCUAAUAUAGCGUGGAUGGUAAUCAUGGGGGAUGGCAUCCACAACUUCAGUGACGGGCUGGCAAUUGGAGCAGCUUUCAGUGCUGGAUUGACAGGAGGAAUCAGUACCUCUAUAGCUGUCUUCUGUCAUGAACUGCCACAUGAAUUAGGUGAUUUUGCAGUUCUUCUUAAAGCAGGCAUGACUGUAAAGCAGGCAAUUGUAUACAACCUCCUCUCUGCCAUGAUGGCUUACAUAGGCAUGCUCAUAGGCACAGCUGUUGGCCAGUACGCCAAUAACAUCACACUUUGGAUCUUUGCAAUCACCGCAGGCAUGUUCCUCUAUGUAGCCUUGGUGGACAUGCUUCCAGAAAUGUUGCAUGGUGAUGGUGACAAUGAAGAACACGGCUUUUGUCCAGUAGGGCAAUUCAUUCUUCAGAAUCUGGGAUUGCUAUUUGGAUUUGCCAUCAUGCUAGUGAUUGCCCUCUAUGAAGACAAAAUUGUGUUUGACAUCCAGUUUUGAUCAUUCCCAGUCAUCUCUAUUGAUUACGAGAAUGUUACCAUGCAGCUUUGCAUCUGUCCCUUGUACUGUAUGCACAUUGCUCAAAGGAAAGUCAGUGGCUUGCACUACUUACAAGUUCCCUAGAUUUGAGCCUAACCACAAAAGACUGGUGCUCAGUACUGUUUCCCCUGUGUGAAGGGGUCUUUUAAAAAUAUAAAGCUUGUGAUAAAGAGAGGAGAAAAUGGGACUCCAUGAACCAGUGUUGAUAUAGGUUUGAUUAAGACUUAAAAAAAAUCAUAUGAAACACUAAAGUAGUCUCUUUAUUAGUAGAAACUUCUGUGGCUAUGCAGAAAUAGAAAUUGAACCAAAAAUCAUUUAAACUUUAAAAAUAUUUUAAAUGGACUUUGGGUAAUGUUUUUGUGUGUGCUAAGAAUGGAUAGUAGUGUCCUUUAAUUCAACUGCAUAUAUUCAUAUGGUAAUAGGGAUCAACUUGACACAACUUUGAAACUGCAUAAAGUAGACUAUAGAAACUAGAGGAAAGCUCAGGCUGCAUUAGAGUAUGAAUUUAGCAUUGGGAAAAGCCCUUAUUCUUGAAUCUAGAGUUACUAUUUUUGUAUAUAUUUGCAUAGUGUUUAAACUUGCAGCCUAAACUACUGAAAUUUGUGAUUGUAUGUUUGUGUGAGCUUCAGUUUAAUGAAAAGAUUCAUAAUGGUUCUUUGUAUUAUUAUAAUACUUGGUGUUUGGGGGUAUUUUUCUGUUUGUUUUUUUGUUUUUUAAUUUUGUUUUUUAUUUUAGGCUUUGGGGGAGGAGGUUCAGAGCACGUGGUCAAAUGUUUAUUCCUUAAAAUUGUAUCCCUCUAGAAAAUAUAAAAGAAAUGAACCCAAACAUAGUCAAAAUACUCAGUUUUCCAACUUUAACAGUAUUCACUUGUUAGUUGGGAAAUUAAAAGUACUGAAUGUUCACAUUACCAGUUUGCCAUUGGAACCAUGAGCACAUGCUGUGGCUGGUGGUAAAGUUGUAAGGCAGAAAAUCCAAGUUGACCACGUCUGCACCAAGUGUCCAUUAAAGCAGCUACCAGGAUAUACUCCAUUGAUAUGGAGGCUGUCAUGGUACCAAGUGACUUGGAAAACAGUUCAGCUAAAAUCACUUGAUCAUUUUGUGCCAAGACAAGCUGUCGGUGCCUGAUAGGGAUCAGUCUCUUUUUUAGGUGCCAUGUUCUCCUACCUUAAUUGUGACUGAUUUGUGAGAAGUGCAAGCCAUGUUUAUCCUGAAUUCUGGCUUAGUAAUUUAUAGUAGUAGUUGGCUGCAUGUAGCUUUCUUUUUACGCCAGUGCCACACGGUCUUCAUUUAUGCCAGGUAAACUGUAUCGGAACUGUGCAGCUAGCUUUGUUUUAAUCUGCUUGGCAACCAGUGUAGCUGCUUUAAAAAUCAUAAUUGUUCAAAUAUGUGAGAGCCAAACUCUUUCCAUUCCAUUUUAAAUGUUUUUGUUUAGUCCUCUUCCUUUCCCGAAUUCCAUUCCUCUUACUCUAUGAACUUUUUAAAACAAAAGCGAAACGUUCAGAACAGCGCACGCAUCCAUGUAUUCAUAGGUUAUUGUCAGCGUUUCUUCACGCAGUGAGCAGGGGAGCUUAGGUGUGUUGUUAUUUCCUUAUUAACUUGUGCUUGAAUUUGGGAAAAAAAAAAAAAAAACUUUUUUUCCUGGCUCUCUCUCUGGCCUCCUUGUCAUAGUAGGAGUUUUAUAGAUUACUUUCAGCACUGGGCACUGAAUUAGGACAGUCCUCAUCUCAUUGCUGGGCCCUUCAAGCAACCUAGCUAAAAGGUGCUGAUAUUUUAUUUCAUACUGCCAACUUCAAGUGAUUCAACUUGCUUUGUGAACCAAGAUAUAUUUAUAGUUCAUCUUUUGGUUUUUAUACCUGAGGAGGAUUCUGCAUUCCAGCAUUAAAUUUGCUUCAUUUAAAAACUUUUAUGAAAAGCAACAGCUGGAAUAUACUCCCAGUCUUAAAAUAAAUGCCUGAUUUAUAGCAAAUGGGUUAUGCUGAAGUAUAUAAACUUUUAUAUUCUCUCGAAAGUGGUAUUAUCUUUAUUUGCUAGAUUUUUUUUAACCUUUUAAGAGGGCUGUAAUAGUUGCUGCUAGUAUUUUGUUAGGGUUCCACCAGUAUUUAGUUUUUACAUCAUUCUCAUGUGUAGUUUCAAGUCUGACUCGACAAUCUGAAUUCCACUACAUUUCUGUUUGGCUCCAACAUUCCAUUUAGCUUGACCAGUCUAAUUUAACAUGUGUUUGUUGGAGGUCAUUAAUGUUACUUGUACAAUGCUGUCACUGUGUGACAUCCAUAUGAAUUUUGGUGUAUAUCACAUUGCAUUCAAUCAGCUGUGAUUAUGCUUAGAAAUACUAUAGUAACUAGAUGCAGUGUGAAUUUUUUCCAUUAACAGUAAGUCAGUGGCUUAAAUGUGAUUAUGGUCCUGCAAGGUGAUACUUGCUAAAAUAUCUAAACUUUUUUGUUGUUGUAACUGAAUCAUUUUUUAAAAAUUUAUAAAGCUGGAAAUGAUCAAAUGCUGUUUUUUUUCUUUUGUCAACAGUGGUGUGUCAUUUUAUGUAUGUUCCUAAUGCUUACGGAACUCUCCCAAAAUAAAGUUAUUCAAA